AUGCACGAGGACGAGGAAGAGGUGCCUCUGGUUGAACCGCCUGCUCCACCAGUGGAUAUUUUACAUCUGGCAAGGUUGGUCAAGGAGGUUUCCAAGCUUGGAGCUGUCCCUUUUAAGGGGAGUACCGAUCAUUUAGAGGCUUAUCAGUGGGUCAGGAAUUUGCAGAACUGUUUCAGAAUGGUCGUCUGCACUAGUGUUGAGAAGAAGGACGUCGCAACCAUCACGCUGAGAGAUGAGGCUCGUGUUUGGUGGGAUUUUGUUGAGAGGAGUGAAGACGUGACUGCCAUGUCCUGGGAGGAAUUCGAGAGGUGCUUCAAGGAAAAGUACUUUCCUAGGUCCGUUGUGGAGCGAUUGGAGAAGGAGUUUCUAGAGUUAACUCAGGGGAAUAUGACUGUUCGGGAUUACGAGGCAGAGUUCUCUCGGAUGUAUCAUUUCAUAAGACCAUGGGAUGCCGAAAGGUUAGCUAAACACUUUCAGAGAGGGUUGAAUGAGAACCUUCGGGUUGCAGUAGCAUCUUUUGAGUUAGCGACUGUGGCAUAA